AUGGCUUUCCCUUUAUUGGCGUUUAGCCAUCGAAAGUUGGAGCCGAUGCUCAUUAUCCCCUAUUCUUUUGAGGGAGGCAAUGGGCCAGCAAAUUCUCUUCUUGAGAGUUUACGGGUUCAUAAGCUACAAACGUCAUACAGCACCGGGAUCAGCAGAGUCGUACUGGGAGAAAACUUUAUCCAAGAAGAUCCUGGGGCGCGUAUCAGUUUGCCAUCAGAAGCAGUUUCUUUUACAUAUUUCACUUUGGUGCGAAUGCUGCUAGGGAGAGGCACAGACCCUAGAGAUAGUAACAAUUAUUCCCUCCAGUGGUGGAAAUUAGAUUUGGCUGCUGAGGGGACUCAGAGAGGUGAAAAAAAUCCAUGCUCUGCCACCUACGAGAUCCAUUGUAAUUUCAUUACCAAUGCGCACUCACCAUGCCCAACGGUAGUAAAAAAUAAUAUAAAAAUAAAUUGUAUUUAUGUAUAUUUAUGUAUUACUCUUGAUGACCCGUUCCAUUGGAUUAAUAUCCAUAAAGCCACAAAGAACAAAAAGAAAAACGUGGUAGUGUGGUGUGUGGGGUCCUUUUUGGGUGGGGGGUGGGAGAGGGAUAUAUAUGAUCAUGCCCUCCUCAAUCACACUAUGAGGUAA